GUGAAAUGAGGAAACAGGAGAUUUGCUCCGAUCUGUUGGUUCAUAUCUUGUUUUGUUUGAUUUGACUUUUAUUUGCUGUUCUCCCAGUCCCUCGGCUAACCAGUAUAAAUGGACGUCUGGUCUGUGUCUGCUGGAGACAACACACACAGAAAAUACAAGAUGUCUUCCUCUGUGAAAUCUUCUCUGACAAACGAGCCCGAGUGAGAAGAAGAAGAAGAAGAACAUUUAAAAACAAGAGACUCGUUUUCAGCUUGAUUCAACAAGAGAGAGCAGAACUCACACCAACACAAACACACACAGCUGAUUUGUGCGACUCUCCGGCUCCUCGUUGUCGUGUUUUAAACCUCAGAGACUUUAAUGAAGAUCUGGAUUCACUUGUGUCUUAAAGCUGCUGCUGCUGCUCCCUCCACAUCGUUAGAGAAACAGCCACCGAGCCCAGGGCCUGUUCACAUCACAUCACAUGUUUGUGUGUGACCAUCCUCCUCCGUCAGUAAAGCUCUGAGAACCGCGUGGAGUCGACCCCAGCUCUCCACAUCUGGAUGCACUUCUCAGAUUGGCUCAUAAAAGCUGAUAACGUCAAGAGAGAUUUGUCCGAGGUUGCAAACUGCAGCUCUGGUUUCUGCUUCCAACGAGUCGAGCUGACCUGUCGCACACAGAACAAGCUCCACUGGGAGAACACAGUGUCCUCAGGGUGGAAAACCACUUCAAUUAAAGAGGAGGGAUGAGAGAAGAAGCACAGAUUGUUCCGUCCACUCGAAGAUAGAUGUUGUUAAGAUAAGAAAUACGUGAGUAGAUGUGAUCCUUUAUUUAUCCUCCAUAGAGGAGAGUCACAAAAGACCCAUUAGGACGGAUGAGGAGCAGCACAGAGAAGCAGAGGCUGAAUCGAUCUCAGCACCGUGUUGUUGAUUCAUCCCCUCCAGCACUGAACCCCUUAAUGACUCUGUGCAGCCGCCCUGCUGCUAAUUAACAGGCUGUUUAGAAAAGGCAGGAGGAAGUGUUGCGUCUGGAGGAGCUGAGGAGGAAGGAGCUCACGAGGAAGUCGUUGUGCACUCGGCUCGUGUGAAGCUGAGGCCCCCGAGGCUCCGGGACAAUCGUCCAGGGACUCAUUUAGCCUUUGUUCAGGUCGUGUGACUGGGAGUGGAGAGAUGUGUAACUGGAGAGUGAACAGUGAGCUGAUCGUCGAGCACCGCAGGGAAGGAUGAUAUCCACACCCAGAGGGUUCCUCAACGUGCUUCUCAACGCCAGGGAGCGAUUCUCUUCAUAGAACACCAUGCACCUCGUCAGGUCGGACCCCCCUCACUGCUGCAGAGAUUCCUCCUCCCUGCGUUUGGAUUCAUCAGGCGCUUUUUAAAGACCCAAAACACUCAGGACUGGAUGUACAGCCUUAUCUCUGUUCCCCCCCUCCCAGCUUAUAUCCGGUAAAACAUUAACUGUGUGUCUGUGCGGGUUGGAUAUGCACAGAUACAUAUAGUCGUCAGUGUGAACUCGCCCAAAGAAGGACGUCCAGGACGGGGAUAGGUGCUCAGAACAGACCCACACAGAAACAUGGCCUCUGUGUGGAAGAGACUGCAACGUGUGGGGAAGCAUGCCUCCAAAUUCCAGUUCGUGGCUUCCUAUCAGGAGCUGAUGGUGGAGUGCACUAAGAAAUGGCAACCAGACAAACUUGUGGUGGUCUGGACUCGCAGAAGUCGACGGAAAUCUUCCAAGUCCCACGGCUGGCAGCCUGGAAUCAAGAACCCCUACAGAGGAGUGGUGGUGUGGCCGGUCCCAGAAAACAUUGAGAUCACUGUCACUCUCUUUAAGGACCCACAUGCAGAGGAGUUUGAAGACAAAGAGUGGACGUUUGUCAUUGAGAACGAGUCUCCCUCAGGGCGGAGGAAGGCCUUGGCCACCAGCAGUAUCAACAUGAAGCAGUACGCCAGUCCCAUGCCCACACAGACGGACGUCAAACUCAAAUUCAAGCCUCUGUCGAAGAAGGUGGUGUCGGCCACGCUGCAGUUCUCCCUCUCCUGCAUCUUCCUCCGUGAGGGAAAGGCCACUGACGAGGACAUGCAGAGCCUAGCCAGCCUGAUGAGCAUGAAACAGGCAGACAUCGGCAACCUGGACGACUUUGAGGAGGAGAACGAGGAGGACGAGGAGAACAGGGUCAACCAGGAGGAGAAGGCAGCGAAGAUCACAGAGCUGAUCAACAAGCUGAACUUCCUGGAGGACGAGGAUCAGGAGACGCCUCCUGCCAUGAGCUCAAAUCCCUUCGAGGACCCCGAGGACGACCUUCAUCCAAACCACCUCAACCCGUUUGGAGAGCCCGAGGAAGAGGAGGAGCCUCCUGCCCAGCCGGUCUUACAGAAGCUCGUCCACGAUGUUUCCUUAUAUGACCACGAGUCCUCGAAUCCAUUCAGUGAACCAGAUGAACUAGAGACACAAACAUCCCCAGGGAACCCCUUCGAGGAGCCGGACCAGGACCAGGACCAGGACAUAGACCCCCUGCCAGACCCAGAACCCCCGAAGCCCCGGCAGAGGAAAGGUGUACGGCCUGUUGACAUGAGCAAGUACCUGUAUGCAGACACCUCUCGCAACGAGGAAGAGGAGCUCGAUGAAUCCAACCCAUUCUACGAGCCAAGAGCAUCGAGCCCUUCAGGGGGCCCCGCUGGUGGCUCCUCCCCCGAUAUGGACCGGAGCCAGAAGAGGAGGGCUCCCCUGCCCCCGGGUCCCAGCGCUGGACUUGGCCCCAGUCCACCGGCUCCCCACCCACCCUGCCUUGGUCCAGAGAGAGAGAGAACGCAGCCUGUCGGGCCCAGCCCAGUGGCAGCACUGAUGGGGAGAGAGCUGGCCUCCUCGUCCCCCAAGCCCAGCCCCGUCCCCAGUCCGAUCUUGGGAGGGAAGCCGAACGCCAGCCAGUCUCUGUUGGCCUGGUGCCGCGAGGUCACCAAGAACUACCGCGGGGUCAAGAUCACCAACUUCACCACCUCAUGGAGGAACGGCCUGGCCUUCUGCGCCCUGCUGCACCACUUCAGACCGGACACAAUAGACUACAAGUCGCUCAAUCCUCAGGAUAUUAAAGAAAACAACAAAAAGGCGUAUGAUGUGUUUGCGAACCUGGGCAUCUCCCGCCUCCUGGAGCCGUCUGACAUGGUGCUGCUGGCUAUCCCCGACAAGCUGACGGUGAUGACCUACCUGUACCAGAUCCGCGCCCACUUCUCCGGCGAGGAGCUCAACGUGGUGCAGAUCGAGGCCAACAGCAACCGCAGCACGUACAAAGUGGGCGACUUCGAGACCGACACCAACGCCUCCAUAGGUCAGGACAAGUUUUAUGCCGAACUCAGCGAAGUGCAGCCGCGCCCGGCGUCCUCUGAGCCGCCGGGGGCUGCUGGUGCUGCUACCUCCGAGUCCAACGGCACUAAAGCUCCAGAGGAGGAAGCACCGGAGCCGGGUUGGAAGGCUGGUGUAGCAGCUGUGUCGGCCAGCUUGUCGACAGCAGGGCAUCUGGAGUCGUCACCUCCUGUCCCAUCACCACGCACAGUAUUACCCACCGCAGCCACGGGCUCCACCCACGCCUCGCCGCCCGGCUCCGAGGACCGGGGGCAGCUGCUCAAAGCGAACACUUUAGACAUUAGUGAGCUCCCGCAGAGGGUGGAGAGAGAGAUGGAGAAGGAGCGACAGCAGAAGGAGGUGGGAGAGGAGAGACAGGAGGGGGGUACUGAACCGGCGUCUCCGACCAGGAGAGGGGUCCCCUCCUCACCCCCCCACCAGAAACUGGGCUUCUCCUACAACAGGGACGCAGACCUCAUCAAGAAGAAGAGGGCGAGCCUGCGUCACUCUGAGUCCGAGCCCGCCUCAGACACCUGCCCCCCCGCCGUCAACCACACAGACACGCCUCCCAAACAGGAGCCAACGCCUGCAGCUGUGUCAAGUCCUCCGGCUGAGAAGAAGGUUCUGUCUCGUCAAGAGGAGCUGAAGGAGAGAGCCCGCCUCCUCCUGGAACAGGCCCGCCGAGACGCUGCCAUGAAGACCGGCAACAAGAACGCUCCCAGCUCCGCCCUGACGGCUCCGACCAGGACCACGACUGUCUGCGAUGAGCGGGAUGCAGAGCGGCGGAGACAGCUGAGAGAGCGAGCCCGGCAGCUGAUAGCCGAGGCUCGGUCCGGAGUCAAGAUGUCCGACAUGACCUCGCUGGACCCGUCCAGCACCGACAGAGGGAGGGGAAGCAUGGGCAGCCCGGCUGGAGGUACCAACAGUCGACACGUGGACCUGAAGCUGAAGAAGCUGGUGGACGUCAGCCCGAGACCAGUCACCUCCCCUUCGUCCCCGUCCUCCACCUCCUCCUCAUCCUCGCCCUCUGCCUCCUCCACCUCUCCACUCAGCCCUGCAGAAGGACUGGAGAAUAACGCUGAGGAGCUGCGAGCAGAGCGGCUGCGCAGAGCGACAGAGCGACUGCGCAGCCCGGUCGUCUUCAACAAGGACUCUGCCGUCCGCAAAACCCAACUGAAGUCCUUCAGCCAGUAUGUGGAGAGCAGACCAGAGAUGAAGAGGCAGAAGUCUGUUUCUGAGGAUCUGAAGAAGGCUGAAGAGGACAGAGGUUCACCGACAGAGAUUGAUAUUCGCAGACCAUUUGAAGAAGAGAAGGCGUUCAAAGACACCAGUCAGUAUGUGGUUGGGGAGCUGUCUGCACUGGAGAGCGAGCAGAGGCACAUAGACGCCCGAGCUGCUCGCGUGGAGAAGAGGCUGCGCUAUCUCAUGGACACAG